AUAUCGUAUUCCUUCUGGAUGGUUCUGAUGCCACAAGGAAUGGCUUCCCUGCCAUGCGUGAUUUCGUUGAGAGAGUGGUGGAAAAACUCAAUGUAGGGGAAAACAAAGACCGUGUCUCUGUGGUCCAGUACAGCAGGGAGCCAGAGGUCCAUUUCUAUCUGAACACAUACAACACCAGAGCUGAUAUUGUGGACACGGUCAGAGGGCUGAGACACAGAGGGGGCAGAACCCUCAACACCGGGGCCGCCCUCCAGUAUGUCAGGGACAACGUCUUUACAAACUCCUCCGGGAGUCGGCGCCUGCAAGGCGUUCCACAGAUGUUGAUCCUGCUGAAUGGUGGAAGGUCUUACGAUAAUGUCGAUGCCCCAGCCUCUGCGCUCAAACAGCAGGGCAUCGUUGUGAUUGGCAUUGGAGCGGGCAGGGCUGACAGUGCAGAGAUGCAAAAGAUAUCAUCUGACCCCACAUACGCUCUAUCAGUGUCUGAGUUGACUGACCUCCCCAGUGUCCACGAACAGCUCUCGUCUGUAAUGAGCACAGUGCUGGUGCGGGCCACGCCCAUCACACCAACAGUAACCGCGGAGAGACAGCCCACAGGAAGGGAUGUUGUGUUCUUGUUGGACGGAUCGGAUGGUACUAGAACCGAGUUCCCAGCUGUGCGAGACUUUGUCCAGAGAAUGGUGGAGACACUCAGUGUGGAUGACAGCAGAGACCGUGUGGCAGUGGUUCAGUACAGCAGAGACGCAGCUGUCCAGUUCUAUCUGAACACUUACACCACAAAGGCCGAGAUCCUUGACACUGUCAGAGGCUUGAGGCACAAAGGCGGAAGACCCCUCUACACCGGAGCAGCUCUCCAGUACGUGAGGGACAAUGUCUUCACCGCCUCUGCCGGGAGCAGGCGCCUGGAGGGAGUUCCACAGGUGCUAAUACUGCUAAGCGGCGCAAGGUCCGUCGACAGUGUCGAUGCGCCAGCCUCUGCUCUCAAACAGCUGGGUGUCUUGACCUUUGCAAUUGGAACCAGGAACGCUGAUAAGAGAGAAAUGCAGAAGAUAGCCCACGAGCCCACACAUGCUGUGUCUGUGUCUGAGUUCAAUGACCUCCCCAAUGUCCAGCAGCAACUUCAGUCCUCUGUGGAGGCUGUGAUUGUUGAGGUCACCCCAGAAACACCAACUGCACCUGUUGACGCUCCCAAAAAGGAUAUCGUAUUCCUUCUGGAUGGUUCUGAUGCCACAAGGAAUGGCUUCCCUGCCAUGCGUGAUUUCGUUGAGAGAGUGGUGGAAAAACUCAAUGUAGGGGAAAACAAAGACCGUGUCUCUGUGGUCCAGUACAGCAGGGAGCCAGAGGUCCAUUUCUAUCUGAACACAUACAACACCAGAGCUGAUAUUGUGGACACGGUCAGAGGGCUGAGACACAGAGGGGGCAGAACCCUCAACACCGGGGCCGCCCUCCAGUAUGUCAGGGACAACGUCUUUACAAACUCCUCCGGGAGUCGGCGCCUGCAAGGCGUUCCACAGAUGUUGAUCCUGCUGAAUGGUGGAAGGUCUUACGAUAAUGUCGAUGCCCCAGCCUCUGCGCUCAAACAGCAGGGCAUCGUUGUGAUUGGCAUUGGAGCGGGCAGGGCUGACAGUGCAGAGAUGCAAAAGAUAUCAUCUGACCCCACAUACGCUCUAUCAGUGUCUGAGUUGACUGACCUCCCCAGUGUCCACGAACAGCUCUCGUCUGUAAUGAGCACAGUGCUGGUGCGGGCCACGCCCAUCACACCAACAGUAACCGCGGAGAGACAGCCCACAGGAAGGGAUGUUGUGUUCUUGUUGGACGGAUCGGAUGGUACUAGAACCGAGUUCCCAGCUGUGCGAGACUUUGUCCAGAGAAUGGUGGACACACUCAGUGUGGAUGACAGCAGAGACCGUGUGGCAGUGGUUCAGUACAGCAGAGACGCAGCUGUCCAGUUCUAUCUGAACACUUACACCACAAAGGCCGAGAUCCUUGACACUGUCAGAGGCUUGAGGCACAAAGGCGGAAGACCCCUCUACACCGGAGCAGCUCUCCAGUACGUGAGGGACAAUGUCUUCACCGCCUCUGCCGGGAGCAGGCGCCUGGAGGGAGUUCCACAGGUGCUAAUACUGCUAAGCGGCGCAAGGUCCGUCGACAGUGUCGAUGCGCCAGCCUCUGCUCUCAAACAGCUGGGUGUCUUGACCUUUGCAAUUGGAACCAGGAACGCUGAUAAGAGAGAAAUGCAGAAGAUAGCCCACGAGCCCACACAUGCUGUGUCUGUGUCUGAGUUCAAUGACCUCCCCAAUGUCCAGCAGCAACUUCAGUCCUCUGUGGAGGCUGUGAUUGUUGAGGUCACCCCAGAAACACCAACUGCACCUGUUGACGCUCCCAAAAAGGAUAUCGUAUUCCUUCUGGAUGGUUCUGAUGCCACAAGGAAUGGCUUCCCUGCCAUGCGUGAUUUCGUUGAGAGAGUGGUGGAAAAACUCAAUGUAGGGGAAAACAAAGACCGUGUCUCUGUGGUCCAGUACAGCAGGGAGCCAGAGGUCCAUUUCUAUCUGAACACAUACAACACCAGAGCUGAUAUUGUGGACACGGUCAGAGGGCUGAGACACAGAGGGGGCAGAACCCUCAACACCGGGGCCGCCCUCCAGUAUGUCAGGGACAACGUCUUUACAAACUCCUCCGGGAGUCGGCGCCUGCAAGGCGUUCCACAGAUGUUGAUCCUGCUGAAUGGUGGAAGGUCUUACGAUAAUGUCGAUGCCCCAGCCUCUGCGCUCAAACAGCAGGGCAUCGUUGUGAUUGGCAUUGGAGCGGGCAGGGCUGACAGUGCAGAGAUGCAAAAGAUAUCAUCUGACCCCACAUACGCUCUAUCAGUGUCUGAGUUGACUGACCUCCCCAGUGUCCACGAACAGCUCUCGUCUGUAAUGAGCACAGUGCUGGUGCGGGCCACGCCCAUCACACCAACAGUAACCGCGGAGAGACAGCCCACAGGAAGGGAUGUUGUGUUCUUGUUGGACGGAUCGGAUGGUACUAGAACCGAGUUCCCAGCUGUGCGAGACUUUGUCCAGAGAAUGGUGGAGACACUCAGUGUGGAUGACAGCAGAGACCGUGUGGCAGUGGUUCAGUACAGCAGAGACGCAGCUGUCCAGUUCUAUCUGAACACUUACACCACAAAGGCCGAGAUCCUUGACACUGUCAGAGGCUUGAGGCACAAAGGCGGAAGACCCCUCUACACCGGAGCAGCUCUCCAGUACGUGAGGGACAAUGUCUUCACCGCCUCUGCCGGGAGCAGGCGCCUGGAGGGAGUUCCACAGGUGCUAAUACUGCUAAGCGGCGCAAGGUCCGUCGACAGUGUCGAUGCGCCAGCCUCUGCUCUCAAACAGCUGGGUGUCUUGACCUUUGCAAUUGGAACCAGGAACGCUGAUAAGAGAGAAAUGCAGAAGAUAGCCCACGAGCCCACACAUGCUGUGUCUGUGUCUGAGUUCAAUGACCUCCCCAAUGUCCAGCAGCAACUUCAGUCCUCUGUGGAGGCUGUGAUUGUUGAGGUCACCCCAGAAACACCAACUGCACCUGUUGACGCUCCCAAAAAGGAUAUCGUAUUCCUUCUGGAUGGUUCUGAUGCCACAAGGAAUGGCUUCCCUGCCAUGCGUGAUUUCGUUGAGAGAGUGGUGGAAAAACUCAAUGUAGGGGAAAACAAAGACCGUGUCUCUGUGGUCCAGUACAGCAGGGAGCCAGAGGUCCAUUUCUAUCUGAACACAUACAACACCAGAGCUGAUAUUGUGGACACGGUCAGAGGGCUGAGACACAGAGGGGGCAGAACCCUCAACACCGGGGCCGCCCUCCAGUAUGUCAGGGACAACGUCUUUACAAACUCCUCCGGGAGUCGGCGCCUGCAAGGCGUUCCACAGAUGUUGAUCCUGCUGAAUGGUGGAAGGUCUUACGAUAAUGUCGAUGCCCCAGCCUCUGCGCUCAAACAGCAGGGCAUCGUUGUGAUUGGCAUUGGAGCGGGCAGGGCUGACAGUGCAGAGAUGCAAAAGAUAUCAUCUGACCCCACAUACGCUCUAUCAGUGUCUGAGUUGACUGACCUCCCCAGUGUCCACGAACAGCUCUCGUCUGUAAUGAGCACAGUGCUGGUGCGGGCCACGCCCAUCACACCAACAGUAACCGCGGAGAGACAGCCCACAGGAAGGGAUGUUGUGUUCUUGUUGGACGGAUCGGAUGGUACUAGAACCGAGUUCCCAGCUGUGCGAGACUUUGUCCAGAGAAUGGUGGACACACUCAGUGUGGAUGACAGCAGAGACCGUGUGGCAGUGGUUCAGUACAGCAGAGACGCAGCUGUCCAGUUCUAUCUGAACACUUACACCACAAAGGCCGAGAUCCUUGACACUGUCAGAGGCUUGAGGCACAAAGGCGGAAGACCCCUCUACACCGGAGCAGCUCUCCAGUACGUGAGGGACAAUGUCUUCACCGCCUCUGCCGGGAGCAGGCGCCUGGAGGGAGUUCCACAGGUGCUAAUACUGCUAAGCGGCGCAAGGUCCGUCGACAGUGUCGAUGCGCCAGCCUCUGCUCUCAAACAGCUGGGUGUCUUGACCUUUGCAAUUGGAACCAGGAACGCUGAUAAGAGAGAAAUGCAGAAGAUAGCCCACGAGCCCACACAUGCUGUGUCUGUGUCUGAGUUCAAUGACCUCCCCAAUGUCCAGCAGCAACUUCAGUCCUCUGUGGAGGCUGUGAUUGUUGAGGUCACCCCAGAAACACCAACUGCACCUGUUGACGCUCCCAAAAAGGAUAUCGUAUUCCUUCUGGAUGGUUCUGAUGCCACAAGGAAUGGCUUCCCUGCCAUGCGUGAUUUCGUUGAGAGAGUGGUGGAAAAACUCAAUGUAGGGGAAAACAAAGACCGUGUCUCUGUGGUCCAGUACAGCAGGGAGCCAGAGGUCCAUUUCUAUCUGAACACAUACAACACCAGAGCUGAUAUUGUGGACACGGUCAGAGGGCUGAGACACAGAGGGGGCAGAACCCUCAACACCGGGGCCGCCCUCCAGUAUGUCAGGGACAACGUCUUUACAAACUCCUCCGGGAGUCGGCGCCUGCAAGGCGUUCCACAGAUGUUGAUCCUGCUGAAUGGUGGAAGGUCUUACGAUAAUGUCGAUGCCCCAGCCUCUGCGCUCAAACAGCAGGGCAUCGUUGUGAUUGGCAUUGGAGCGGGCAGGGCUGACAGUGCAGAGAUGCAAAAGAUAUCAUCUGACCCCACAUACGCUCUAUCAGUGUCUGAGUUGACUGACCUCCCCAGUGUCCACGAACAGCUCUCGUCUGUAAUGAGCACAGUGCUGGUGCGGGCCACGCCCAUCACACCAACAGUAACCGCGGAGAGACAGCCCACAGGAAGGGAUGUUGUGUUCUUGUUGGACGGAUCGGAUGGUACUAGAACCGAGUUCCCAGCUGUGCGAGACUUUGUCCAGAGAAUGGUGGACACACUCAGUGUGGAUGACAGCAGAGACCGUGUGGCAGUGGUUCAGUACAGCAGAGACGCAGCUGUCCAGUUCUAUCUGAACACUUACACCACAAAGGCCGAGAUCCUUGACACUGUCAGAGGCUUGAGGCACAAAGGCGGAAGACCCCUCUACACCGGAGCAGCUCUCCAGUACGUGAGGGACAAUGUCUUCACCGCCUCUGCCGGGAGCAGGCGCCUGGAGGGAGUUCCACAGGUGCUAAUACUGCUAAGCGGCGCAAGGUCCGUCGACAGUGUCGAUGCGCCAGCCUCUGCUCUCAAACAGCUGGGUGUCUUGACCUUUGCAAUUGGAACCAGGAACGCUGAUAAGAGAGAAAUGCAGAAGAUAGCCCACGAGCCCACACAUGCUGUGUCUGUGUCUGAGUUCAAUGACCUCCCCAAUGUCCAGCAGCAACUUCAGUCCUCUGUGGAGGCUGUGAUUGUUGAGGUCACCCCAGAAACACCAACUGCACCUGUUGACGCUCCCAAAAAGGAUAUCGUAUUCCUUCUGGAUGGUUCUGAUGCCACAAGGAAUGGCUUCCCUGCCAUGCGUGAUUUCGUUGAGAGAGUGGUGGAAAAACUCAAUGUAGGGGAAAACAAAGACCGUGUCUCUGUGGUCCAGUACAGCAGGGAGCCAGAGGUCCAUUUCUAUCUGAACACAUACAACACCAGAGCUGAUAUUGUGGACACGGUCAGAGGGCUGAGACACAGAGGGGGCAGAACCCUCAACACCGGGGCCGCCCUCCAGUAUGUCAGGGACAACGUCUUUACAAACUCCUCCGGGAGUCGGCGCCUGCAAGGCGUUCCACAGAUGUUGAUCCUGCUGAAUGGUGGAAGGUCUUACGAUAAUGUCGAUGCCCCAGCCUCUGCGCUCAAACAGCAGGGCAUCGUUGUGAUUGGCAUUGGAGCGGGCAGGGCUGACAGUGCAGAGAUGCAAAAGAUAUCAUCUGACCCCACAUACGCUCUAUCAGUGUCUGAGUUGACUGACCUCCCCAGUGUCCACGAACAGCUCUCGUCUGUAAUGAGCACAGUGCUGGUGCGGGCCACGCCCAUCACACCAACAGUAACCGCGGAGAGACAGCCCACAGGAAGGGAUGUUGUGUUCUUGUUGGACGGAUCGGAUGGUACUAGAACCGAGUUCCCAGCUGUGCGAGACUUUGUCCAGAGAAUGGUGGACACACUCAGUGUGGAUGACAGCAGAGACCGUGUGGCAGUGGUUCAGUACAGCAGAGACGCAGCUGUCCAGUUCUAUCUGAACACUUACACCACAAAGGCCGAGAUCCUUGACACUGUCAGAGGCUUGAGGCACAAAGGCGGAAGACCCCUCUACACCGGAGCAGCUCUCCAGUACGUGAGGGACAAUGUCUUCACCGCCUCUGCCGGGAGCAGGCGCCUGGAGGGAGUUCCACAGGUGCUAAUACUGCUAAGCGGCGCAAGGUCCGUCGACAGUGUCGAUGCGCCAGCCUCUGCUCUCAAACAGCUGGGUGUCUUGACCUUUGCAAUUGGAACCAGGAACGCUGAUAAGAGAGAAAUGCAGAAGAUAGCCCACGAGCCCACACAUGCUGUGUCUGUGUCUGAGUUCAAUGACCUCCCCAAUGUCCAGCAGCAACUUCAGUCCUCUGUGGAGGCUGUGAUUGUUGAGGUCACCCCAGAAACACCAACUGCACCUGUUGACGCUCCCAAAAAGGAUAUCGUAUUCCUUCUGGAUGGUUCUGAUGCCACAAGGAAUGGCUUCCCUGCCAUGCGUGAUUUCGUUGAGAGAGUGGUGGAAAAACUCAAUGUAGGGGAAAACAAAGACCGUGUCUCUGUGGUCCAGUACAGCAGGGAGCCAGAGGUCCAUUUCUAUCUGAACACAUACAACACCAGAGCUGAUAUUGUGGACACGGUCAGAGGGCUGAGACACAGAGGGGGCAGAACCCUCAACACCGGGGCCGCCCUCCAGUAUGUCAGGGACAACGUCUUUACAAACUCCUCCGGGAGUCGGCGCCUGCAAGGCGUUCCACAGAUGUUGAUCCUGCUGAAUGGUGGAAGGUCUUACGAUAAUGUCGAUGCCCCAGCCUCUGCGCUCAAACAGCAGGGCAUCGUUGUGAUUGGCAUUGGAGCGGGCAGGGCUGACAGUGCAGAGAUGCAAAAGAUAUCAUCUGACCCCACAUACGCUCUAUCAGUGUCUGAGUUGACUGACCUCCCCAGUGUCCACGAACAGCUCUCGUCUGUAAUGAGCACAGUGCUGGUGCGGGCCACGCCCAUCACACCAACAGUAACCGCGGAGAGACAGCCCACAGGAAGGGAUGUUGUGUUCUUGUUGGACGGAUCGGAUGGUACUAGAACCGAGUUCCCAGCUGUGCGAGACUUUGUCCAGAGAAUGGUGGACACACUCAGUGUGGAUGACAGCAGGGACCGUGUGGCAGUGGUUCAGUACAGCAGAGACGCAGCUGUCCAGUUCUAUCUGAACACUUACACCACAAAGGCCGAGAUCCUUGACACUGUCAGAGGCUUGAGGCACAAAGGCGGAAGACCCCUCUACACCGGAGCAGCUCUCCAGUACGUGAGGGACAAUGUCUUCACCGCCUCUGCCGGGAGCAGGCGCCUGGAGGGAGUUCCACAGGUGCUAAUACUGCUAAGCGGCGCAAGGUCCGUCGACAGUGUCGAUGCGCCAGCCUCUGCUCUCAAACAGCUGGGUGUCUUGACCUUUGCAAUUGGAACCAGGAACGCUGAUAAGAGAGAAAUGCAGAAGAUAGCCCACGAGCCCACACAUGCUGUGUCUGUGUCUGAGUUCAAUGACCUCCCCAAUGUCCAGCAGCAACUUCAGUCCUCUGUGGAGGCUGUGAUUGUUGAGGUCACCCCAGAAACACCAACUGCACCUGUUGACGCUCCCAAAAAGGAUAUCGUAUUCCUUCUGGAUGGUUCUGAUGCCACAAGGAAUGGCUUCCCUGCCAUGCGUGAUUUCGUUGAGAGAGUGGUGGAAAAACUCAAUGUAGGGGAAAACAAAGACCGUGUCUCUGUGGUCCAGUACAGCAGGGAGCCAGAGGUCCAUUUCUAUCUGAACACAUACAACACCAGAGCUGAUAUUGUGGACACGGUCAGAGGGCUGAGACACAGAGGGGGCAGAACCCUCAACACCGGGGCCGCCCUCCAGUAUGUCAGGGACAACGUCUUUACAAACUCCUCCGGGAGUCGGCGCCUGCAAGGCGUUCCACAGAUGUUGAUCCUGCUGAAUGGUGGAAGGUCUUACGAUAAUGUCGAUGCCCCAGCCUCUGCGCUCAAACAGCAGGGCAUCGUUGUGAUUGGCAUUGGAGCGGGCAGGGCUGACAGUGCAGAGAUGCAAAAGAUAUCAUCUGACCCCACAUACGCUCUAUCAGUGUCUGAGUUGACUGACCUCCCCAGUGUCCACGAACAGCUCUCGUCUGUAAUGAGCACAGUGCUGGUGCGGGCCACGCCCAUCACACCAACAGUAACCGCGGAGAGACAGCCCACAGGAAGGGAUGUUGUGUUCUUGUUGGACGGAUCGGAUGGUACUAGAACCGAGUUCCCAGCUGUGCGAGACUUUGUCCAGAGAAUGGUGGACACACUCAGUGUGGAUGACAGCAGAGACCGUGUGGCAGUGGUUCAGUACAGCAGAGACGCAGCUGUCCAGUUCUAUCUGAACACUUACACCACAAAGGCCGAGAUCCUUGACACUGUCAGAGGCUUGAGGCACAAAGGCGGAAGACCCCUCUACACCGGAGCAGCUCUCCAGUACGUGAGGGACAAUGUCUUCACCGCCUCUGCCGGGAGCAGGCGCCUGGAGGGAGUUCCACAGGUGCUAAUACUGCUAAGCGGCGCAAGGUCCGUCGACAGUGUCGAUGCGCCAGCCUCUGCUCUCAAACAGCUGGGUGUCUUGACCUUUGCAAUUGGAACCAGGAACGCUGAUAAGAGAGAAAUGCAGAAGAUAGCCCACGAGCCCACACAUGCUGUGUCUGUGUCUGAGUUCAAUGACCUCCCCAAUGUCCAGCAGCAACUUCAGUCCUCUGUGGAGGCUGUGAUUGUUGAGGUCACCCCAGAAACACCAACUGCACCUGUUGACGCUCCCAAAAAGGAUAUCGUAUUCCUUCUGGAUGGUUCUGAUGCCACAAGGAAUGGCUUCCCUGCCAUGCGUGAUUUCGUUGAGAGAGUGGUGGAAAAACUCAAUGUAGGGGAAAACAAAGACCGUGUCUCUGUGGUCCAGUACAGCAGGGAGCCAGAGGUCCAUUUCUAUCUGAACACAUACAACACCAGAGCUGAUAUUGUGGACACGGUCAGAGGGCUGAGACACAGAGGGGGCAGAACCCUCAACACCGGGGCCGCCCUCCAGUAUGUCAGGGACAACGUCUCAAACUCCUCCGGGAGUCGGCGCCUGCAAGGCGUUCCACAGAUGUUGAUCCUGCUGAAUGGUGGAAGGUCUUACGAUAAUGUCGAUGCCCCAGCCUCUGCGCUCAAACAGCAGGGCAUCGUUGUGAUUGGCAUUGGAGCGGGCAGGGCUGACAGUGCAGAGAUGCAAAAGAUAUCAUCUGACCCCACAUACGCUCUAUCAGUGUCUGAGUUGACUGACCUCCCCAGUGUCCACGAACAGCUCUCGUCUGUAAUGAGCACAGUGCUGGUGCGGGCCACGCCCAUCACACCAACAGUAACCGCGGAGAGACAGCCCACAGGAAGGGAUGUUGUGUUCUUGUUGGACGGAUCGGAUGGUACUAGAACCGAGUUCCCAGCUGUGCGAGACUUUGUCCAGAGAAUGGUGGACACACUCAGUGUGGAUGACAGCAGGGACCGUGUGGCAGUGGUUCAGUACAGCAGAGACGCAGCUGUCCAGUUCUAUCUGAACACUUACACCACAAAGGCCGAGAUCCUUGACACUGUCAGAGGCUUGAGGCACAAAGGCGGAAGACCCCUCUACACCGGAGCAGCUCUCCAGUACGUGAGGGACAAUGUCUUCACCGCCUCUGCCGGGAGCAGGCGCCUGGAGGGAGUUCCACAGGUGCUAAUACUGCUAAGCGGCGCAAGGUCCGUCGACAGUGUCGAUGCGCCAGCCUCUGCUCUCAAACAGCUGGGUGUCUUGACCUUUGCAAUUGGAACCAGGAACGCUGAUAAGAGAGAAAUGCAGAAGAUAGCCCACGAGCCCACACAUGCUGUGUCUGUGUCUGAGUUCAAUGACCUCCCCAAUGUCCAGCAGCAACUUCAGUCCUCUGUGGAGGCUGUGAUUGUUGAGGUCACCCCAGAAACACCAACUGCACCUGUUGACGCUCCCAAAAAGGAUAUCGUAUUCCUUCUGGAUGGUUCUGAUGCCACAAGGAAUGGCUUCCCUGCCAUGCGUGAUUUCGUUGAGAGAGUGGUGGAAAAACUCAAUGUAGGGGAAAACAAAGACCGUGUCUCUGUGGUCCAGUACAGCAGGGAGCCAGAGGUCCAUUUCUAUCUGAACACAUACAACACCAGAGCUGAUAUUGUGGACACGGUCAGAGGGCUGAGACACAGAGGGGGCAGAACCCUCAACACCGGGGCCGCCCUCCAGUAUGUCAGGGACAACGUCUUUACAAACUCCUCCGGGAGUCGGCGCCUGCAAGGCGUUCCACAGAUGUUGAUCCUGCUGAAUGGUGGAAGGUCUUACGAUAAUGUCGAUGCCCCAGCCUCUGCGCUCAAACAGCAGGGCAUCGUUGUGAUUGGCAUUGGAGCGGGCAGGGCUGACAGUGCAGAGAUGCAAAAGAUAUCAUCUGACCCCACAUACGCUCUAUCAGUGUCUGAGUUGACUGACCUCCCCAGUGUCCACGAACAGCUCUCAUCUGUAAUGAGCACAGUGCUGGUGCGGGCCACGCCCAUCACACCAACAGUAACCGCGGAGAGACAGCCCACAGGAAGGGAUGUUGUGUUCUUGUUGGACGGAUCGGAUGGUACUAGAACCGAGUUCCCAGCUGUGCGAGACUUUGUCCAGAGAAUGGUGGACACACUCAGUGUGGAUGACAGCAGAGACCGUGUGGCAGUGGUUCAGUACAGCAGAGACGCAGCUGUCCAGUUCUAUCUGAACACUUACACCACAAAGGCCGAGAUCCUUGACACUGUCAGAGGCUUGAGGCACAAAGGCGGAAGACCCCUCUACACCGGAGCAGCUCUCCAGUACGUGAGGGACAAUGUCUUCACCGCCUCUGCCGGGAGCAGGCGCCUGGAGGGAGUUCCACAGGUGCUAAUACUGCUAAGCGGCGCAAGGUCCGUCGACAGUGUCGAUGCGCCAGCCUCUGCUCUCAAGCUGGGUGUCUUGACCUUUGCAAUUGGAACCAGGAACGCUGAUAAGAGAGAAAUGCAGAAGAUAGCCCACGAGCCCACACAUGCUGUGUCUGUGUCUGAGUUCAAUGACCUCCCCAAUGUCCAGCAGCAACUUCAGUCCUCUGUGGAGGCUGUGAUUGUUGAGGUCACCCCAGAAACACCAACUGCACCUGUUGACGCUCCCAAAAAGGAUAUCGUAUUCCUUCUGGAUGGUUCUGAUGCCACAAGGAAUGGCUUCCCUGCCAUGCGUGAUUUCGUUGAGAGAGUGGUGGAAAAACUCAAUGUAGGGGAAAACAAAGACCGUGUCUCUGUGGUCCAGUACAGCAGGGAGCCAGAGGUCCAUUUCUAUCUGAACACAUACAACACCAGAGCUGAUAUUGUGGACACGGUCAGAGGGCUGAGACACAGAGGGGGCAGAACCCUCAACACCGGGGCCGCCCUCCAGUAUGUCAGGGACAACGUCUUUACAAACUCCUCCGGGAGUCGGCGCCUGCAAGGCGUUCCACAGAUGUUGAUCCUGCUGAAUGGUGGAAGGUCUUACGAUAAUGUCGAUGCCCCAGCCUCUGCGCUCAAACAGCAGGGCAUCGUUGUGAUUGGCAUUGGAGCGGGCAGGGCUGACAGUGCAGAGAUGCAAAAGAUAUCAUCUGACCCCACAUACGCUCUAUCAGUGUCUGAGUUGACUGACCUCCCCAGUGUCCACGAACAGCUCUCGUCUGUAAUGAGCACAGUGCUGGUGCGGGCCACGCCCAUCACACCAACAGUAACCGCGGAGAGACAGCCCACAGGAAGGGAUGUUGUGUUCUUGUUGGACGGAUCGGAUGGUACUAGAACCGAGUUCCCAGCUGUGCGAGACUUUGUCCAGAGAAUGGUGGAGACACUCAGUGUGGAUGACAGCAGAGACCGUGUGGCAGUGGUUCAGUACAGCAGAGACGCAGCUGUCCAGUUCUAUCUGAACACUUACACCACAAAGGCCGAGAUCCUUGACACUGUCAGAGGCUUGAGGCACAAAGGCGGAAGACCCCUCUACACCGGAGCAGCUCUCCAGUACGUGAGGGACAAUGUCUUCACCGCCUCUGCCGGGAGCAGGCGCCUGGAGGGAGUUCCACAGGUGCUAAUACUGCUAAGCGGCGCAAGGUCCGUCGACAGUGUCGAUGCGCCAGCCUCUGCUCUCAAACAGCUGGGUGUCUUGACCUUUGCAAUUGGAACCAGGAACGCUGAUAAGAGAGAAAUGCAGAAGAUAGCCCACGAGCCCACACAUGCUGUGUCUGUGUCUGAGUUCAAUGACCUCCCCAAUGUCCAGCAGCAACUUCAGUCCUCUGUGGAGGCUGUGAUUGUUGAGGUCACCCCAGAAACACCAACUGCACCUGUUGACGCUCCCAAAAAGGAUAUCGUAUUCCUUCUGGAUGGUUCUGAUGCCACAAGGAAUGGCUUCCCUGCCAUGCGUGAUUUCGUUGAGAGAGUGGUGGAAAAACUCAAUGUAGGGGAAAACAAAGACCGUGUCUCUGUGGUCCAGUACAGCAGGGAGCCAGAGGUCCAUUUCUAUCUGAACACAUACAACACCAGAGCUGAUAUUGUGGACACGGUCAGAGGGCUGAGACACAGAGGGGGCAGAACCCUCAACACCGGGGCCGCCCUCCAGUAUGUCAGGGACAACGUCUUUACAAACUCCUCCGGGAGUCGGCGCCUGCAAGGCGUUCCACAGAUGUUGAUCCUGCUGAAUGGUGGAAGGUCUUACGAUAAUGUCGAUGCCCCAGCCUCUGCGCUCAAACAGCAGGGCAUCGUUGAUUGCAUUGGAGCGGGCAGGGCUGACAGUGCAGAGAUGCAAAAGAUAUCAUCUGACCCCACAUACGCUCUAUCAGUGUCUGAGUUGACUGACCUCCCCAGUGUCCACGAACAGCUCUCGUCUGUAAUGAGCACAGUGCUGGUGCGGGCCACGCCCAUCACACCAACAGUAACCGCGGAGAGACAGCCCACAGGAAGGGAUGUUGUGUUCUUGUUGGACGGAUCGGAUGGUACUAGAACCGAGUUCCCAGCUGUGCGAGACUUUGUCCAGAGAAUGGUAGAGACACUCAUUUUGGAUGACAGCAGAGACCGUGUGGCAGUGGUUCAGUACAGCAGAGACGCAGCUGUCCAGUUCUAUCUGAACACUUACACCACAAAGGCCGAGAUCCUUGACACUGUCAGAGGCUUGAGGCACAAAGGCGGAAGACCCCUCUACACCGGAGCAGCUCUCCAGUACGUGAGGGACAAUGUCUUCACCACCUCUGCCGGAAGCAGGCGCCUGGAGGGAGUUCCACAGGUGCUAAUACUGUUAAGCGGCGCAAGGUCCGUCGACAGUGUCGAUGCACCAGCCUCUGCUCUCAAACAGCUGGGUGUCUUGACCUUUGCAAUUGGAACCAGGAACGCUGAUAAGAGAGAAAUGCAGAAGAUAGCCCACAAGUCUAAUUUUGCCUUUUCUGUUAAUCGCUUUAUUGACCUUCCCAUUGUCCAGCAACAAUUUAAGUCCUCUGUGGAGGCUGUGAUUGUUGAGGUCACCCCAGAAACCCCAACUACAUCUGCUGAGAAACAAGGUCCUCGAAAGGAUGUUGUUUUCCUUGUUGAUGGAUCUGAUGGCGUUGGACUGGAAUUCCCCAUCAUCCAGGAGUUUAUUCGCAGGGUUGUGGAGAGUCUCAGUGUAGGUGAAGAUAAGAUCCGUAUUGGUGUGGUCCAGUAUAGUGACCGUCCCCAGGCUGACAUCGACCUGAACUCACAUACAACCAAGGAAGGUGUCUUAAGUGCUGUCAGAAGAUUGAGGCAUAGAGGAGGACGACAACGUAACCUUGGUCAAGCACUGGAGUUUCUCCGUCAAGACUUUCUAACAACAGCUCGUGGUAGUCGAAGGCAAGAUGGUGUCCCGCAGUUUGUAAUUGCUGUCUCCAGUGGGCCCUCCACAGAUGACAUCACUCGUGCAGCUACUUCACUCAAGCAGUCUAGAGUACUUCCAUUCAGCAUUGGGACCAGGGAUGUGAACCCUACAGAGCUCCGUGUGGUGUCAUAUGUACCCAACUAUGCCUACACUGUGGAUGACCUACCUGGCUUGUACACAGUCCAAGAGAAUCUAAUCACCACUCUUACUGAGUUGUCUGAUGACGAAAUUGCUGGAAUGCGUCCGGUAUUCCCAGACUACGAAGUAAAAACACCAUCACCCACUGGAGGAGAAAAGAGGGAUGUUGUAUUUCUAAUUGAUGGCACAACAGCAGUGCGCAGUGAGUUCCCUGCCAUCCGUGAAAUGAUAAAAAGAGUUGUGGACAAGCUGGAUGUAGGACUGGAUCAAGUCAGAAUUUCAGUUGUACAGUAUAGUGAUGAGCCAAAGGUAGAAUUCCUCCUGAAUGAAUUCUCCACCAAAGAUGAAGUACGCCAGGCUGUGGCAAGACUUCGAAGCAGAGGUGGGGACCGUCUAAACACAGGUCGGGCACUUGAGUACGUCUCCAGAAACAUCUACCAGAGGUCAGCAGGAAGCCGCAUUGAGGAUGGUGUUCCUCAGUUUCUCAUUGUUGUUACCGGUGGCAAAUCCACAGAUGAUGUGUCCACUCCAGCAGACCAACUAAAGAGAAAUCGGGUUGCACCUCUUGCUAUUGGAUCUAGGAAUGCAGAUCCUGAUGAACUGAAACAGAUAUCCCUGAAGCCUGAACUUGCACAUAAAAUUGACAGUUUCAGUCAGCUUCCAAGAGUGGAACAGAAACUCAUCGAUUCAGUCAAGACAAUAUCUACUGAAGAAAUCAUCAGUAGUUAUGUUCCUCCCUCUGUGGAUAUUGCUACUAUCAAUCUUGGUAGAAAGGACAUUAUCUUCCUCAUUGAUGGCUCAGACAAUACAGGUCCUGCUGGUAUUGCCCACAUCCGUGACUUCAUUCUCAACAUUGUCCAGCAACUUGAUGUGCAGCCCGAUCAAGUACGUGUGGCUCUUGUCCAGUAUGCAGACAGAGUCAAAACAGAAUUUUCUCUCAAUUCCCAUAACAACAAGCCAGCUGUUGUUUCUGCCAUCAAGCGACUUCGUCAAAUGGGUGGCCGAUCAUCAGAUCUGGCUGAUGCUAUCAAUUACGUCAUACAGAAUGAGUUAAAACCUCAAGCUGGUGUUCGUCUAGCUGAGGCCUCCCAGCAUCUGGUGGUUCUCACAGGUGGACGUUCACCCCAAGAUGUAUCCAUUUAUGGACCUCUGCUUAAAGGUUCCCGUGUCAACUGCAUUGGUAUUGGAUCUAGUGGUGCUGAUCCAAGGCAACUAGCUCAAAUUACCACCACGUCAGAUGAUGUCUUUCAGGUUGCUACAUUCCCUAGCCUUCCAGCAAUCAAGGACAGGGUUAUUUCCAGGUUGAGCGGAACCAUUGAAGAAAUACCUACUGAGGGCACUACCUCCGGCCUACCUCCUCCUAAAAAGGCUGAUAUAGUGUUUUUGGUGGAUGGCUCCAUCAACUUGGGCAGAGAAAACUUCAAGGAAGUCAUGGAAUUUAUUAUCAACCUAAUUGACCUAUUCUUCACUGAUAGAGAUGAUCUAAGAUUUGGCCUGGCUCAUUAUGCUGUAGAUGUGUCUGAUGUCUUCUACCUUAAUACAUACAAUAAUAGGGAAGACAUUGUUAGUGCUAUUGGCAGAGCAGAGUACAAAGGAGGGCGUAGAAUCAACACAGGUGCAGCUAUUCGCCAUGUCCAAGAUAACCAUUUUAUUAAAGAAAAGGGCAGUAGGAAGGAUGAAGGUACUCCUCAGAUCUUAAUGCUUAUCACCGGUGGACGGUCAGCUGAUGACAGCAAAACAGCAGCCCUUGGCCUGAAGAACACUGGUGUGAGAAUCUUUGCUGUAGGAGUUGGAAAUAUCGAGAAUGAAUUAGAAAACAUAGCAAGUGAGUCCACCACUGUAGCACGAGCAAGUACCUAUCAGAUGCUGUCAGAGCUCAAUGAGCAGAUCCUGGAGACUUUGGAUGAUGAAGUAAAGGGGAAGCUCUGUGUUGGUGUACCAGAAGUUACUAGAGCCUGCAGCAUCGAGGUCUUGGUGGGCUUUGAUGUUAAUGCCCAGAACAUCUUCAGUGCCCAGACCAACCUCCAGAGCAAGAUGGGUGCCAUUCUGCAGAGGAUUUCCAAAAUGGGAUCUAUCAGCUGUUCAUCAGGGCAGGUUCCUUCUGUACAAAUAGGAAUGCUGGCCAUGGAUUCUGCCUCUGAGCCUGUGCAACUGGAUUUCACAGACGAUGCUGAUACUUUUGAGGAGUUCAGGGCUCUUCGGAAUCGUGGUCCAUUUGUCCUCAAUGGAAAGACCAUCUCAGCCUACACCAACAAGUUCAGAAACACACAGGACAAUGUUAUUAAGGUUGUCAUCCAUCUGACUGAUGGUCUUGAUGCUCCAUAUGCUGAAAUGAAACGUCAAGCAGAGAGCCUUCAGGAUCUCAUUAUGGUUGGACUGGAACGGGUGCCCAGAUUUGAAGAGGCUUUGGCUCUGGAAUUUGGUCGUGGCUUUAGAUACACCAGACCCUUGCGAGUUAAUAUCAUGGACUUAGACUAUGAGCUUUUGGAAGAACUGGACAACAUUGCAGAGAGGGAGUGCUGCGGAGUACCAUGUAAAUGUACCGGAACAAGAGGUGACAGAGGAGCAGUUGGACAACCAGGGUCCAAGGGUAGUCCAGGAGCACCAGGCAGCCAAGGGCAUCCUGGAGAUGAGGGUGGACCUGGAGAGAGAGGUCCUCCUGGUGUGAAUGGAACCCAAGGUUUCAAGGGAUGUCCUGGACAGAGAGGUGUCAAGGGCUCACGUGGGUACUCAGGAGAAAAGGGUGAAUUUGGUGAAAUUGGUCUUGAUGGUAUCGAUGGAGAAGAAGGCAAAAGUGGAGUUGCUGGACCCCCAGGAGGCCGAGGAAACCCUGGCAGAAGAGGGCCCAAAGGUGCCAAAGGACAAGCGGGAGAUGGAGGAGAAAUGGGAAUCAGAGGAGACCCUGGUCAAAGUGGACAGGACAACAACCGUGCAGGACCCAAAGGAGACCCUGGUGAUGCCGGACCACCUGGAGAACCUGGUAAUGAUGGAACCAAGGGCAGCCCAGGAGAACCUGGAAGAAGGGGAGCUGAUGGCAGAAGAGGACCACCCGGACAGGCUGGAGCUGCUGGAAGGCCAGGAGGUGACGGUGUGCAGGGAGAGCCUGGUGUUGGAGGAUCUAGAGGUCCACCUGGACCAAAUGGUGCCCCGGGACCCAGAGGAGAGGAUGGGAACCCUGGACCCAGAGGUCCAGGAGGGAGUCCAGGUUCUGCUGGAGAGAAGGGUAGAAGAGGAGCACUUGGUCGCAAGGGAGAGCCAGGAGAUCCAGGACCUAAGGGUGUUGUUGGUCCUCUUGGUCCUCGUGGAGAGCCUGGUGAGGAUGGUGGGGAUGGAUUUGGCAUUGCAGGACCCCCAGGGAGAAAGGGAGAUGAAGGCUUCCCAGGAUUCCCUGGACCGAAGGGAGUAGCUGGUGAUCCUGGCACCAAAGGUGGACCUGGACCCCGAGGAAAUCGCGGACAGAGGGGCGUGUCUGGGAAUAUUGGUACGCCUGGACAGAAAGGAGAGGUUGGAUAUCCAGGACCUUAUGGUGAGAAAGGACCAAGAGGACCCGGUGUUGAUCAAUGUGACCUGGUUAAGAAAAUCAGAGAUAACUGUCCUUGCUGUUAUGGUCAGCGUGAGUGUCCGCUCUACCCCACUGAGCUGGCUUUUGCCCUGGAUGUCUCGGGAGCGCUGGUGCAGCCUUCAACAAACAUGCGUGAGACGGUCCUGAACCUGGUCAGAGACAUCACCAUCACCGAGAGCAACUGUCCAAGAGGGGCUCGUGUUGCUUUGUUAAUGUACAACAACAAUGUGACAACUGAGAUCCGGUUUGCUGAUGGAAUGAAGAAACGUGCCCUGUUGCAGCACGUCGAGGGACUGCAGCCACUGAGGACAGGGAAAGAGCAAAACCUGGCUAUGGCCAUGAAUUUUGUGGCCCAGAACACUUUCAAGAGGGUGCGUAGUGGCUUCCUCAUGAGGAAAGUAGCCGUCUUCUUUGUUGGUGCGCCCGUCUCAAAUGUACAAGCAAUUUCCAAAGCAGCUCUCCGCCUCUAUGACGCUGGAAUUGCCACUGUGCUCCUGGUCAGAAGUGACGACAGAUCACUCACCAGAGCCCUGCAGGUCAACAACACCGCUUUGGCCCAGGUAAUUGUCCUUCCUAACACUGGAAGUGGGCAGUACAAGUCAGUGCUCCAAAAGGUCAUGAACUGCCAUGUGUGCUUAGACGUUUGUGCUCCAGACCAGAUGUGCGACUAUGAGCCCCCAGUGUCCAACCGUGAUAAGAGGUCUUUCAUCACAGACGUGGACAUCGACAUGGCUUUUGUCAUGGACAGCUCUGAGUCCACCUAUCCAUCCGUCUUCACUGAGAUUAAACGCUACAUCGCACACAUAGUGGAGCAGCUGGAAGUGUCUUCGAGUCCCACAUCAUCAGUUCACCAUGCCAGAGUGUCUGUGAUCCAGCAAGCCCCUUACGAGUUCAUCCACAACCAAACAGGCUCUCCUAUCCAGGUGGAUAUUGGCCUGACAGAGCACCACUCGGCUCAGGAUAUUGUUAAAUUCCUGCUUGAUAAGACGCCGCAGCUAGAGGGUGGCAGGGCGUUGGCGGCAGCUAUCGAGUCAACCGUGGAACAGGUGUUUGAGAAGGCACCUCUGCAGCGUGACCGGAAAGUGCUGAUGCUCUUCGUGACAGGAGGAGUAGAGGAACAUGAGGAGCAGCUGGUCCGUGUGGCCACUGAGGUCAAAUGCAGAGGUUACUUCCUGGUCAUCAUGGGAGUGGGCCAGAAACUGAGUGCUGCAGAUACCCGUGUCCUCUCACGCAUGGCCAGCGAACCAUCAGAUGUGUUUUUCAAGAGAAUCGACAGCCUCUCACAGUUUUAUGACAGGCAUAUCCUGAACUUUGGACGGCUGAUGCCCAAAUAUAUCAGCAUUGAAAAUGCUUUCUACAUGUCUCCUGAAGUCUCCAAAAACUGCAAGUGGUUCCAGAAUGAUCAGGAACAGAAAAACCCCUUCAAAUCACCAACCCACCAUGAGUCGCAUCAGAAACAUCACGAAACUCACCAAGAAGUUCAUCAAAGAAAGCAUAAAGAUGCAGAUGAGCUACACGUCUCUAACAUCACCUCCAGCAGCAUGAAGUUACGUUGGACUAGCCCAGACCCAAAGCUCUUUGUCUACUUCGAAGUGACGGUGACACGGCUGAAUGACCACACCAUGGUACUGAAGACCAACGUUUCGGGUACCGAGCUUUCUGUGGACAACCUGGAAAGCGCACAGUCAUAUCAUGCUGUGGUCACUGCCCAAACUGCUGAAGGUCACAUCGUUUCCACUCGCAAAGGCAUCAUCACUACUAAAGCAGCAGAGCAUAAGCCAUCCAGCCCAGUCAUCAGUACUGUAAACACCACACCACUGGAGAAACCCCAAACUGUUAAUGAAUUUGCAGACCCAUGCUCUCUUGACUAUCACCCUGGAAUGCCGUGCAAAGACUAUCAGGCUAAGUGGUUCUUUGACAGUAAGAACGGGAUCUGUACCCAGUUCUGGUAUGGAGGUUGUGGAGGCAAUGACAAUAGGUUCGACACUGAGGCCCUCUGCUUGAAAAAGUGCCUGAGGUCAGAGCCAGAGCCUCAGCAAGAUGCACCGCAGGUUGAACAGAAGGAGGUCCUUCCAGCUGCUGAUGACUCCAUAGCUGUGGAUAUCUGCCGGCUGUCUAAAGAUGAAGGCACUUGUGCCAAAUUUGUCCUCAAGUGGCACUAUGAUACUUCCAGCAAGAGCUGCACUCGUUUCUGGUAUGGAGGCUGUGGAGGCAACCAGAACCGCUUUGACACACAUGAGCAGUGUAUGCAGGCGUGUGGAGACUCAGCGCCCGUUGCAGGAGGCGUCAUCGCUGCCAUAAGAACAUAGGACAAACAUGAGGAACAAACCUGGUCAGCUGUUACCUCUGUUUAUGGGAUUCAGGAGAACCAUCCCAUACUGUAAAGGAUGCAAAACCAAAGCAAUGGUGGCUGCACUGGAUUCCACACAAAUGAACUAAAUGAACUUUAGCUCCCAAAAUUCUUGAAGUAGUCUCUUUGUUUUACGCAACAAGAAGGAAAAGCAACACGAUUUGCUGCAUGAUUUGUUUUAACCUACUGGUGCUACGCAAUGCGUUUGUUUUAAAGGUAGAGUUGUCAAAUGCAUUCAGUUUUCUGGAACAAUGACAUCUUGUGAGUUUUCAUAUUGUUAAAUGCAGUUUUAUAAUCUAUAUGAAUAUCUUGGACGACAGAGAUUAGCAAUAAAUCAGUACAUGCAGGAGUGGUGUUAUUCAAUGCAGUAAUCGUCUUUAUAUUUGUUUUUGUUUUUUUUGUUUUGUUUUGUUUUGCUUUUUUUUUUUUUUUUUUAAUCCACAGACAACAUUCACUUAGUAACAACAUUGGCUGUUAUGAACAUUGUUUCCAACCUCACCUGGUCCCUGUGGAAUCUAUUCUUCACUAUUUUCCAUUGUGUGUUUUUAACAGACAGUGAGUGACUGCUCAGAUAAAAAAAAAAAAAUGAAAAAACAAAACAAACAAAAAAACAUAAAAAUGAAACAUUAAGUGCACUUCUAAAUCCACUGCCUCAAACACACAAGUUUAUGAAAAGGAAAAAAUAA